AUGUCAAGUAAUUCUCCACACAAUAACGAAGACAUUUCUUAUGUUGUCCUAAACACUCCAGCUGUACAUGACAAUCCAGACUCUUCUACAAGUUUAGUUAGUUCUCCCUCGUUUAACAAUAACGGUAAUUCCUCGUCGUCACAGAGCUCACCUCUUCUUUCUUCUACACAAUUAUUCAAUCCCACUCUAGAAAAUCAUCCUUUACUACUCCAUCGUCGCCUUAAUAAUAACGAAGAAAGAGGGGAAAUAUUAUCACGAGACAACAACGUUAAUCCUACUACUACUACCUCUAGUCGUUCGCCUCGCAUGACUACUUCUGAUAACGCGGCUGUAUCGCCGCCCACCGAUGAGGAUAAAUCAAACACAGUUGUGCCAAUUUAUCGUCGUCCAAGGUUCAUUGCAUUCAUGUCAACUCUAACCGCCAAUUUUCUCUUCCCGUUUAUUAAUGGUGACGGAUAUACCUCUGGGUCUGAAAGAACAAUAUGGCGCUGGAUUGUUUGGCACACGGGGAAGGAGAAAAGAUCAAAUUGGAAAUAG